UCUGUUUGCCACUGACCUUUCCACCAGCUGCCAAAUCUGGAAUCCGAAUAAAACAAGUUGAAAUGGAGCAUUUAAAAGAGCAAAAGGAAAUCUUGGAGCCAAUUAUGGGGAAGGCGGAGCAAGAUAUAGAGACGAUUCGUGAGCAACUACUAGUUAUAUCGGACAUCUUCCGCUCGGGAGCUGUCAAUCCGACAUCACCACCUGUUGUGAGUGAUUACAACCCAUGCAGCCUAGCCUAUGAAGCUGAUUCCUCAACCUAA